UUAAACUCAUUGUAGAGAUUAGGGUUGGUACAACCAGUGUAAUUAAAAACAAAUAAGAGUGUAUAAACAUCGCAGAUAAAUCAUUUGGAAAUCAUCGACUUCUGCCAUCAGUUGGCUGCCAUGCAAAGAUGAAUGGGAAAUGCAAUCAAACUGGUAUGUGUGUUGAGUGAGAUGAACCUUUCCAGCUAGGCGAGGUUUAUGCUCCCGCCAACGAGAACGAUGAUGGAAAAGUAAGUAUGAAAUAGCUCGGGUGAUGUGUGUGUGUGUGUGUGUGUGUAUGGGUGGAAGAAGUAACAAGAGAGAAAGGUAGAGUAGACUGAAAGAAGAAAGAACGAAAGAGAGGGGCUGUGAGUACAGGCUUUGAGACCAGAACGCUCGACUGAGCUUGCCAUUCUGUUAGUGAUUUUCAAAGAUAUCGCACGCGUUCGUUAGUUUCGCGCAGUUGGGGAAGAAAGAUGGCGUCCAAAAGGAGGGAAUUCGACAAUGGUGCAGCCGAGACUCCCGCUCGUAAAUCGAUGAAAAAGGCCUCAAAAUGGGAAGCAGUAAUGAAAGAGCUGUCGGAGUCAAAGGUGCUUAAUGUUCAGUUGAAGGAGGAGUUGAAUAAGGCGCGCGAAACGAUUGCUUCGCUGCAAGUCAGUCUUAAUACGCCACGUAGUGAAACGAGCGAGGUUCGAAGCGAGGAGUUCAUUGGAGGCUUGGGUCCGUCUAGUACUCACCGUCACGGUCCACAGGCAGGAGAAUCUAAUGCGGAAAUGACACGAUUCAUGUCAUCCGUAAACCAAAUCUCGGUGUCCUCUAUCUCGGUUCCGGAAUGCAAGCCGUCGUGCGAACUCGAAGAAAUCGGAAGACACGAUUUUGAAGUAUGGAAGGAUCUGUUGACUGACUCCAUGAAACUGGCUGGUGUGUCGGACGAAGCAACGCAGUUUAUCGUCUUCAAAGUUAAGGCCGGUCAAAAAUUGCUGGACGUCUUCAAGAAUACGAAGUCGGUCGAGAACGCCCCGAAUGAGCUCAACUUCCCGUUCUCGAACGCAAUGUAUCGUCUGAACACGUACUUCUCUUCGGGAGCAGAUGUAAUGCUCCAGAGGCGAAAGCUGGCACUCAUUUCGCAGAAGACGGAAGAAUCGGAUGUGGCUUUCCUGAUGCGCGUUGGGGCGAUUGCUCGGAUGUGCGAAUUCGGCGAUGACAAGGAAUUUGAGGAGAUCGCCAGAGCGGUGGCCGAGCACGCGAAAAACCGAGAUGUGCGCACUACGGCAUUGAAAUUGCUGAGCCGUAAUGGAACAUUUACGGAUCUGGUUGACAAGGUCCGUGAAUUGGAAACGAUUCGCUUGAACGAGGACUUCUUCAAUCUGAAGCAUGGCAAGCCGGACUCAGUCAUGGUAGCUCGUGUGGCAACGACCCCCGUGGGGCAGUUAGCUGACCAGAGGGGACGCUCAGGAAAAUUCGGAGCUUCCAGUCGUGGGAGGUACGCAGGACAAAGAUAUCGGUAUGAAGGUAGCUCUUCCGGCCAUGGUAGAGGAUCUGGCUCAUGGCGUGGAACAACAGGCGCGAUUCCAGAACGCUGCUUUAGAUGCCACAGCUUGUAUCACAAAUCGUUCAACUGCAGCGCAGUGGAUAAAAUCUGUUUGAAUUGCGGUGGCAAAGGCCAUCUCCAGCGGGCUUGCCGAUCGUUGAUGCGAGGAGAUAGUAGUCGGUUGGAAAACGAAAGAUCAUCCGACAUGAGGGCAUCGGACGUCGCUGCGAUUUCCAAAGUGGAGCAUAAUCAGAGUGAUAAGGCAGCUGAAGACAAAGUAUCGAAAACGCAUGUGCAGGGGGCAUAUGAUAUAGCGCUCGUAUCGAUGGGUAAAGAUAGUGGAAUGAUUUCGGCAUCGGUAGCGGGGAUGAAAUGUGAAUUCCUCAUAGACUCCGGCGCGCAAGUAAACACGUUGUCAGAAUACUGUUUCAGCCAACUAUGCGAAGAUGGAGUCUAUAGAGAGGGUUUGCAUAACAUUCAACAGGGAACAGAUCGGGCACUGAAGUCAUAUGCAUCGGAAGGCGAGAUACCAGUUCUUGGAACUUUCGAGGCAUUUUUGUUCAUAUCGCAGGAUCGUCCCGUGUUUCUGGAGAAAUUUUAUAUCGUAAGAGAUUCGCAAUCACUUCUGGGCCGUCCUACUGCUACGAGAUACUGCGUGCUUCUGUUGGGCCUGCAAGUACCAGUGAUUGCGUCUGAUGCGGCACAUCCGACAGCUCUUCAGCAGACGGCAAUAGCGGCGGUGUCGUUGUCCGACGUGUUCCCCAAGUUCAACAUUCCACCGGUUGAAAUCAGGUAUGAUACGACAAAACCACCUUGCAGAAAUAUUUUCUUCAAUAUCCCGUUGGCGGUGAAACCGUUGGUAGAACAAAGGUUGCAGCAACUGGUAGCGUCCGACAUUAUUGAAUGCGUUGAAGACGACAUGGAUGUAUCAUUCUGCUCCUCGAUGUUGGUCAUCCCUAAGGGUAAAGAAGAUUUCCGACUAGUGAUUGAUCUCCGCGGACCAAACCAAUAUAUUCUACGAACCCCUUUCGCAAUGCCCACCCUAGAACAAAUUCUAGCGGAACUGGAAGGGGCCACCUGGUUUUCGACCAUCGAUUUGAGUAAUGCGUUCUUUCAUAUCGAACUCCAUGAAAAUAGUCGGCAUCUCACCAAUUUUCUGACGGAGUUCGGUAUGUACCGCUGCGUUCGCUUGCCUUUUGGCUUGUGUAAUGCCCCAGACAUCUUCCAAGAGGUAAUGCAGCGGAAGAUUCUGGGAGGAUGCAAGGGGGUCAAAAACUACCAGGACGAUGUAUUGGUAUUUGGACGAACAAAAGAGGAGCACGACCAAAAUUUGGCGGUGGUUCUCGAGCGGCUAAAGGAACAUGACGUCAGAAUAAACCAUACAAAGUGCGUGUUCGGAAGUCAGCAAGUAGAGUUCUUGGGUUUUGUUCUGACGGCUCAUGGUUGGCAAAUCGAAGAGGAAAAAUUGAACGCUAUAAGGAAUUUCAGGAGACCAGAAAAUUGUGCGGAGCUUAAAAGUUUCCUCGGGCUGAUCACUUUUGUUGAUAAAUUUCUCGUACAUCGAGCUUCGGCAACGAAAUGUCUCCGGGCCUUAGCUAGCGCGGAAAAGUUUUACUGGACGGAUGAAGAGGAAACUGAGUUCGUGAAUUUGAAGCAGAAUACUUUGGAAAGGAUCAAGACGUUGGGAUAUUUCUGUAACACCGAUCGAACAGAAUUGUUCGUGGAUGCGUCAGCAGCGGGGCUAGGUGCGAUCCUGGUCCAGUUCUCGGAGGCAGAUGUUCCCAGGAUAAUUGCGUGCGCCUCUAAAGCUUUAACAGCAACAGAGCAAAAAUAUCCCCAGACCCAUAGAGAAGCCCUGGCGGUAGUUUGGGGCGUCGAACGGUUUUCGUUCUAUCUAACGGGAAGGCCAUUUGUUGUGAGAACGGAUGCAGCUGCAAAUGAGUUUAUUUUCAACAACAACUAUCGAAUUGGAAAACGGGCUAUAUCGAGAGCUGAAGCGUGGGCGCUGCGGCUACAGCCCUACGAUUUCACUAUCGAAAGAGUUUCCAGCGAGGACAAUGUGGCGGACGUUUUUUCUAGACUGAUAUCUUGCGCUCAAGCGGCAAAACCCUUUGAGGACGACAAUGGAAACCACAUGUUGUUCGCAUUGGAUGGAGGUAUGGAUAUUACGUUGUCGGAAAUAGAGAAGGAAUCUGAACAAGAUGAGGAAAUGCAGCAACUAUGUUUGGCGCUUCAACUGGACGAGUGGCCACGCAAUUUGCGUCCUUUCGAGCCGCAAAAGAAGGACCUUCACAGCUUGGGUUUCCUCGUCUUCAAAGCAGAUAAAAUAGUUCUGCCGCUGGCUCUUCGGAAUAAGGCGUUAGAGGCGGCGCAUGGUGGCCACGUCGGAGAGGUUUAA